AUGCUGUGUCAAAACGACGCCUUUCAAACUGUGCUACGGGCGGUCGAUCGGACCGAUGAUGCGAUGAAUAAUUCUGACCGUGAUAUGAACCCAAAGAAUGAGGAUGCUGAUCAUGGUGUCGAGGAGGCUGCUGAAACUCAUGUAAAUAUGGACCAUGGGACUGGUGAGGAGCAAAACGACGAUCAUGAUGAUAAUGUCGUGGUUGAGGAGGACGCUGUGGGUGAUCACGAUGAGCCUGCCCUCUAUCGUGACGAGGAGGACGAUUCCGAUGUCGACCACGCUCUCCAGGGUCCGCCAUGGUGA